UGUCAAUACCUUCUGUCUAGUGAUUUAUAUCCAUGGGAAACACGAGACGCACGAUCAAACGUGUGGGUUCACGCGUGGUCCAAAUAAGCUACGAGUUAGAAGAGACGGUUGAGAAGCAACGCAAUGGUCGCGAGCCAGGCUCUAAUUCAGGGACUAAAAAUACCUCUAGAAAAAGGAAGCGCGGGUUCACGUGUCUUCCGGGCGUAUGGAACCUUCCUCCUGGGAAACGCAUCAUUGUCCAGUUAGGGAAGAAGAUGCAGCCUAUUGGAGUUGAAGGAGGUUUGCUUGGGGAGUUUCUCGGGACUAUUGCUAGAAAUGGCGAGCUGGCACCAUUGUUCACAACUUGGAAGCAAAUUACUGAGGAUAUGAGACACACUAUGAUUCGGAUUGUAGAGUCCAAAUUUGAUUAUCCUCGUAUACCAGCUAUGGAAAAAUGGAUUCUACAUUCCAUAAACUCUAAAUGGAGAAAUUGGAAAAGUGAUCUAAAAGCUGCUCACUAUGAUAGCUCUCAGCCAUUAUCAUAUCAUUUGAAGAAUCUUCCGGAAAGAGUGAAGAGAAAUCAAUGGAAAAAUCUUGUCGCUUUUUGGAGUUCAAAGGAAGGGAAGGAGCUGAGUAACAUAAAUAAGGCUAAUAGAGCAAAACAGAAGAUACGGCACACCUUAGGGAAAAAAAGUUUUGCAAGGGUAACAGCAGAAAAGGAAGCAGAGUUAGGAAGGGAGCUAAAUCGUGUUGAUUUGUUCAUACUUAGUCACGAAAGGAAGAAGGGCAAGAAGCCGGUGGAUAAGGCGGUUGCAGAGGCUAUUGAAAGUAUGAAUGACCUCAUGGAGGUAUAUCCGGAACUUUGCAAGAGCGAUACCCCCUUAAAUGAAGAUGCUGUUUCUCUAGUGUUGGGAAAAGAGAAACCUGGACGCAUCCGAUGCUAUGGCAUAGGGCCAUGUCCAAAAGAUUUUAGGGCCUCCAACUCUGGUUGUCUUCUAACGGAGAACUUAAAGUCAGAGAAUGGGAAAGAUGACGAGAUUCUCAAGUUCAAGGAAGAACUGAAAGCAGCAAAAGAGCAAUUGAAAACCACAAAUGGAGAUGUACAAGAGUUACAGGCCCAACUGGAAAAGAUGUCCAAUAUAGUACAGAAAUUGUCAGCAUACUGCGGACUUGAAGUGAUAUCACAAAAUCUGUACAAGGUCAGCAAUUCAUGAGACAUGGUAUGCAACUAAUUUGGUUGAAUUCAAAAUAGUGAAAGGCCUUUUAUUGAAUAAAUAUCCAGUCAACUGGAUAUUGGAGACUAAGGUGGUUUUAAAGGAAAAAUCGGUGGAUAGGCUCAAAACAUGAGUUUGGUAUCAGGAUUGCUUCGCUGAAGCUUGAAAGAGGGAUACAAAUGUCGAGUGGUGUGACCAUGUUUUUUUCUUUUAGCUGUGACUAGAUCAUGUUUGGGGUUUACUUCUAUUGCAUUAUGCCUUGUUCUUUUUGUUCUUUUUGUUCUUUUUGAAGUGUAUAAGUGAUUUCCCUUAUUAAUCACUGCUCUGUUGUUUCUCUUUCUUUCAAGGUUUCGAGAUAUGAACUGUUGAGCUCUCUUGUUCUUCUCUGUAUAGAUUCCGGAGUGUUACAGUAUCAUAUAUUUGAAGAGAAGUUGAAAUGUUGCCGGUUUUGGCACUCGAGAGUGGUUGAGGGACACAGUCAAAUGCUUGGAAAUGGUCACUGUUGAUGCACUGCUUAUUAAAAUCACCUAAUGCCAUUUGCUGAUUACA